UACUGUUCAAUACCAGACAAGAUGACGGAUCAAUAUGCCUUCUCAUACCCCUCUCCGCUCAAAGGGUACGAGAAUCUGGAGCCGCUCUCGGAUGAGCGAAACGAGGACGGAAAGUCCCUCAAGAAUCCCCAACAUGGCAUCCUGAGCAAAGCAUACGAGGAAUUCCCGGAUCCCCUCACGAAAGGCCAACGCGGAGGCUUCGACAUACAUAUCUAUCACUUUCAAAAUGACCCCGACCAAGUCACUUUCGCCAAGGCGCUCUGGGAAAGAAUCCGACGUGAAUUCCCCGAACUCCGGAUCUACACCUUCUUCGAUCGUCCCGUAGGACCGCAUCCCGUGGCCAUGUUCGAGGUCAAUCUAUUCACCCCGGCGCAGUUUGGAGCCUUCGUGCCAUGGCUGGUCAUCAAUCGAGGGCCGUUGAGUGCUUUAAUCCAUCCGAAUACGGUGAAGACGGAGGAGCUGCGUAAUCAUACGCAGCGUGCUACGUGGUUGGGCGAGAGGAUUCCGUUGGAUCUGCGGACUCUCAAGUUGAUCUCGGAGCAGGCGAAGAAGGAGGAAUUGGGGAACUGA